CCGUUAUGCAGUGGAAAGGUUAUUCAACACAGGGGCAAGUUCGACGUGUUUUAGAUUUCGGAAAGGCCGCUCAGUGCUGGAGGUGGUCAUUCCACGGAAUCGCCUACACCCGGGUUUGGCGAGGACACGGAGCACGGACCAAGUGGAGCGCGUCAAUCUAUGCAUGUGCAAGUCUUGUUGCGACUUCGGCCUUUCUCAUGAAGCAGCAUGGUGCGCGGAACAUCAACAGGAUGCAAAGCGGCUCUGACGAUAAUGUAAUGUCGAUUCCAUGCCUGGGCCAGCACUGUCAACAGUGUCCACGUCUAGCUGACCUGAAACGUCCGCGCAAAGACCACAGGGCGAUCAACGCCGACAAAUAUGUCUUAUCUGGCGACAUAAACAAGCUUUUGUUCUUAUCGCGGCGGUAGCUGUCGAAGCUUAGAGUUAAAGAAGACGGGACCAUUUUGCGAGUAACCCUAUUACUUCGAACAGAGUGGUCAGUAUCCUGCCAUCGGAGUAGGACUAGGACCGGGGUUAUUGCGCGUGUCGAAGCCUUUCGCAAUGUCCGAGGUGACCACAAGGUAGUGUCAAGGCAUAAUUCAUGUGGGGUGUCUGAACCGUCAAGCACAGUUUGUUCCGUGUGUUAGAGGUGCUAGCUUCGAGCAUCUGGGACUUCUGGCGCGAAGAGCUUGAGAACAUAAAAGCUGAAUCUCGUAGAUAUGGCCUUUCAGUUAAUUUGUUUUUAACGCGGAAUGAAAGCCUGGAUGAUGCGAAAAGGCCUCGUUGCUCGCUGGCGGGGCCACAACUCAACAGCCCGUCUGAUCUGCCAGUACGGAAAAGGAACCCCACGUGGCUCGC